CACACGGCAGGCAGUCAGGCGGGGAGCUGCGCUGUCAAGAGGGUGGACGCCGAGCUGGAAAUGACCUAGAGGCCUUACAGAUACAUUUGUGCGCUUGCCACUUGUAAUCUGCAUCCGCAGAGAGCGGCGUCAUUUGGAAGCACAUUUCUUUCCGCGGCGAGUUCCACCUACCUCAGCCCGGCUCUCGGACGGGAAAAGCAGGAAGCCGGCAGUGGGAGGGGACACACGGAGCCGAGUUGGCCUUUUGAGAGGAGCAUCUUGAGACGGACUGGAUCCGUCUCUACCUGAGCCUGAGCCUCGUCACCAGAAUCAAGCAUCUUUUUCUUUUUCCUUUUUUUUUUUUUUACUUUUAUAACCUUUUGCUCUUCAUGCUGUUGACCAGUGUUUUGUUUUGCUCAUUUUUGCUUUAAACCUUGGAAAUUAUUUUCUACUUUGAUUAGUGAAGUGUGGUAUAGGUUUAUAUAUGUACAAACACAUGUUUAUACUGUCGACUGUAUGAAGAAUGAUCUUUUGCUCCAUUCUGAAGGAAGGCUAAUGCACUUUAAAGCUUGACUCUAGUACUGGUUUUAGCACUACUAGUUUGUUUGAGGCUGGAACAGGAUCACGCUCCGCCUGACGGAUUUGCAGCUGGGCUGCAUGUAAGCACUUCACUUCGGCUCCCAAGCCCGCCUGGUUGCCCUCCGACCUCAGCCACUCCCGCUUUGGUCUCCAUCUGACACACUGAGAUGAGCCUCUGGCAGGCGAAAUCCUUCAGCUGUCUUUUUACAUGACCUGGACAGUUUCAGGACUGUGUUCAAAGUGAUUUCAGCUGCAGUCGAGAGCACUUUGUGGGAAAGCCAAACAGAAACAGGAUCUUCCGGUGCCGGUGCACCACCUAUGUAUUGUUGCAGUGCGCAGCAAAGUAAAAUGGACUACAAGCGUCGCUUUUUGCUCGGCGGGUCCAAGCAGAAAGUACAACAGCACCAGCAGUACCAGAUGCCUGAGUUGAGCCGCACCCUCAGCGCCUCCUUGGCCUCCUCUUGCUCGGCCUCUUCGCCCAUGGGCAUGCCCAGCGGCUGCCACCUGCCUCCCUCCUCACCCUCCUCCUCCUCCUCCGCCGCCACCACUGCGGUCGCAGACAUCCAGCAAGGCAUCUCCAAGUACCUGGAUGCACUCAAUGUGUUCUGCCGGGCCAGCGCCUUCCUCACAGACCUGUUCAGCAGCGUGUUCAGGAACUCUCACUACUCCAAAGCAGCUAUGCAACUGAAGGACGUGCAGGAACACGUCAUGGAGGCGGCCAGCAGGCUGACGGCGGCCAUCAAGCCGGAGAUCGCCAAGAUGCUCAUGGAGCUGAGUGCCGGGGCUGCCAACUUCAAGGAUCAGAAUGACUUCAACCUGCAAGAUGUUGAGGUACUGGGUCGGUGCUUCCUGACAGUGAUGCAGGUUCACUUCCAGUUCCUGUCGCAGACCCUGCAGAAGGUCCAGCCCGUGGCCCAGUCUUGCCUAGCAGAGGCCCUGGCUCAGGCCCAGGAGCGCUCCGCCAACACCCGCUCCCAAAGCGCCGAAAUGGGGCCACUAACUGAGCUGGAGGAAGCCUCCCGCUUGUGGAAAGGUGCAGCGGAGGCCACGUCGAGACUGCGAGAGAGGGGUCGUGACGGCUGCCUGGCAGGCCUUCAGGUUCAGCAGCUCUUCUGCUCUCACAACACCAACAUCCCAGAACACCAGCUGAAGGAGCUCAACAUGAAGAUAGACAACGCCUUACAGGCAUACAGGGCAGCGCUGGAGAGUCUGGGUCACAACGAGUACGCGCUGAAGGCGGGUUUCCACCUUAACCCCAAAUGUGUGGAGACAGCCUUACAGAGCUGCUGUAGUGAGGCGGAGGCGCAGCAGGCAGGUAGGAUGCAGACCACCUCCCAGCCCAUCCAGUGCGAGCUGCCCACCAUCCCCGUGCAGAUCGGCUCGCACUUCCUCAAAGGAGUUUCCUUCAACGAGUCGGCGGCCGAGAACCUCAAACUGAAAAUGCAAACGAUGCUGCAGCUCAUUAAGGAGGCACUGGGCCAAAACGGGGUUACCACAAGAGAUGACUCCCCUGUCACCGAGGUGCUCAACCAAGUGUGUCCGUCUAGCUGGAGAGGAGCCUGCAAGACUGCUGUACAGCUGCUGUUUGCUCAGGCUGGGCUGGUGGUGGUUGAUACUGCUCAGAUAGAGAACAAGGAGUUGUAUGCUCCUCAGAUCACCCUCGAAGGAUCCAGGCUGGUGGUCCAGGUUCCUUCCACAUGGUGUCUGAAGGAGGACCCAGCAACAAUGUCUUUGCUCCAGCGUAGCCUUGAUCCAGAGAAGACCCUGGGUCUCGUGGACGUGCUCUACACUUCCGUGUUUGACAUCAAUAGAUGGAAGGAGAGAAAGGAACAGUCUUUGCCGACCAUUCAGAUUCAACUGCAGCGGGAGAGUUCUGACUUUGGCAGCCAAGUGGAUCUGGCGCCGGGCACCAGCUCCAAGGCCUCCAGCGGCCUGCCCAAAACCAUCUCCAAGCUGACGUCCAAGUUCACCAAGAAGGCGUCAUCCAGCGCCAACAGCGGGGGGAGUUACUCCAUCCCCAGCACCCCUUCCCGCAGCAUGCUGAGCGGCGGCUCCGAGGACAAGUCCAAGAGUUUGGGCCGCAGCGAGGGGAGACUGCACAGCCUCCUGCAGACGGGCGGUCUCUCCUGCGCGCCCGACGCCGGCACACAGAACCCGCUGGCUAACGGCUUAGGCUGCGACGACCCGAGCAUGAACCUCCCGACCGACCAAGAGAUGCAGGACGUCAUCGACUUUCUCUCAGGAUUCAACAUGGGAAAAUCCCAGCAGGCCUCGCCCCUCGUCAAGAGGAGGAACUCUGUGGCGUCCGCGAACCCUGCCGAGCUAAAACCCCCUCCUGGACCACCGCCGACGUCGCCGGGUAUCUCUCACAGCGGCCUGCCGCCUCCGAGCCAGACCUUGCCCCCACCCCAGGCUCAGGCCCUUGCUCCCCCGGCAGUGCAGAAGCAGCAGCCGACUCCACCGUCGCAACAGCAGCCUGCACCCCAGCAGCACUCCCCCCAGACCCUCCAGUACUACCAGCACCUCCUGCAGCCCAUUGGCCAGCAGCAGCAGGCCCCGCCGCCCCAGCAGAACCCCCAGCAGGUCCUUCCCCAGCAGAGAGUGGCCAGCAAGUGGCUCGGCACGUCUAGCCAGCCAGCUCCCCCGGGAGGGUUGUCCCCCCUGGGUCCCAUCGGCCAAUGGGGGGGCUCCCCCGGGCUGCCGGACCUGAGCUCAGACUUGUACAGCCUGGGCCUGGUGAGCACGUACAUGGACAGCGUCAUGUCCGAGGUUCUGGGCCAGAAGCCCCAGGGUCCGCGCAACAACACGUGGCCCAACAGAGAGCAGAGUGACGGCGUGUUUGGUGCCCUGGGGGACACGCUGCCCUUCGACCCCGCUGUGGGCUCCGAUCCGGAGUUCGCUCGCUACGUCGCCGGCGUCAGCCAGGCCAUGCAGCAGAAGCGACAGGUGCAGCAUCCUCGCCGCCCAAGCAACCCACGAAGCAACUGGCCCAUGCCUGAUGAGCAGCACAGGACUUGGGGCCACCCCGAGUACUACAGCGAGGGCGAGGCCGUGAACAGCAACUGGUCGGCCAAUCAGGGAGACUCUGCCAGCUCCAGCGAUGAGACGUCUUCCGCCAACGGAGACAGUCUCUUCUCCAUGUUCUCGGGGCCGGAUCUUGUGGCGGCAGUCAAGCAAAGAAGGAAACACAGCUGUGGUGAGCCUGAAGUGUGCACCCUGCCCUCACCGCCGCUCCAUCACAUGACCGACGACGGCCAGGACAGCAAGACAAAAACAUGGCCUCCCAAAGCGCCCUGGCAGCACUCAGCCCACAGCGGCUUGACGGCGUCGGCCAAUCCCAGCUCUUCCUUGUACCAGAUGAACCUCCCGCCGCCGUCGUCGCAGUGGAGCGACUCCUUACAGAUGCUCCAGUCGCCUGUGUGGUCGGCGGCCAGCGAGUGCCCGCCCUCGGCCGCCAUCUCCUCGCCUUUCCCCUUCACUCAGCAGCAGCAGCAGCAGACACAACAACAACAACAACUGAAAGCCAUGAGUAAAGGCUUCAAGUCGUUCCCCUUAAAACACGAGCACAGGCCCUCCUUCCUGCACCAGUACUGACAGGUACAUCACACACACACACACACACACACACACACACACACACACACACACACACACACACACACACACACACACACACACCACUGUGAGGGCCACACUGACUAACUACUACUACUACAGUACCACAAUCAGUCGGAUUGAAACUUUCAAAAUACUAUUUACAGCUCAUAAUAUUCCAGAAAAACGAUAUUUUUCCCAAGAAAAAAAAAUACAACUGUUUUCAAGACAAUCAUUUAUUAUGUCAGGAAAAAAAAAGGCUGUGUUCUUGAAAUACAGAAAACUUUUUUCUGGGAAAAAUACAAAUAUUCUCUAAAUAUCACAACUGUUAUUCUUUAAAAACACGACAUUUAUUUAUACUGUGGUAUUUUCCCCCCCGAAAAAUUAUAACACUUUACUCUCGGAUUAUUACAAUUUUUUUUAAAUAACAUUUAUUCUCAUAAAUAAAAUCACCACUUUUUUUUCUUCAUUUCUCAUAUGACAUGUUAAAAAUAUAUAUAUAUAUUUUAUGACUUUUUCCCCCCUGGGAAAGCGUAUGACCUCGUUCUGGAUCUUUUUGAAUAAUCACAACUUUAUUCUGAGAAUAUUAUCACUAUUCUGGGGAGAACUUGUUGACAACUUUUUUUUAUUUUAAAAAUGUAAGACUCGAAUGCUCAAUUAGAAAUAUUUAAAUAUUAUGACUUAAAAAUACAGCAUUUUUCUUGAAUAAAAUCUGGCUUCAGUCAUUUUACAGCUUUCUUGAACAAAUAUUUACAUUUACAGUAUAAACACGACUUUCACAUUUACAUAUUUAUACACAUUAUAGUACAAAUGAAGUACAAAUCUAUUCUUUUAAUACUAUUUUUUUCUUGAGUAAGUCAGAUGUGGUAAUGGUUUUAGACACUUUUCAUUAAAAUACAACAUUAUUCUGACAAUGUUCAAACUUUACCCUAGCAAUAUUCUGACUUUAUUAAAGAAAAUCUGGCUGUGAAAUUAGGACUUUAUAUAUUCUUCUUACAUAUUCCCCUUUUUCCCCAUAUUACCACUUUAUUAUCAUAAUAGUGCGACUUAAUUCCUGUAAUAUUACGACACUUUAUUGUCAAGGGGAGCAAAAAUACCUGUGACAGAAAACUUGUUGUAAAAAUGACCUGAUUUGAUCAUAACUUGGAGAAACACACGGCAACUUAUUUUUUUCCUUAUUUUUUUUAUAAAAUUACAACUUUAUUAUUGUAACAUUUGAGACUUUGUUUUGUAAAAAUACAAUUAUUACGAUUUUUUGUUGUUGCAUUAUUACAAUUACUGUGACACUUUCACUUUUAUUUUCUAACUUCCGACUUAACAUUGGCAACUUUUAUGUUCUUGUUCUCUCGUAAUAUUACGACACUUUUUUUUUUUUUAAAUACGACUUUUUUUCCUAGUAAAGUAAUGAAAAAAUACGACUUUUUUUCCUAGUAAAGUAAUGAAAGGAAUCAGACUGUAGAAUUACGACUAUAUUACAUUUUUUUCUCGUAAAACAUUACGACCUAAUUCUCAUGAUUUUGCGACUUAAUUCCUGUAUUAUUACGACACUUUAUUGUCAAGGGGGGCAAAAAUACCUGUGACAGAAAACUUGUCGUAAAAAUGACCUGAUUUAAACAUAACUUGGAGAAACACACGACAACUUAUUUUUUUUAUAAAAUUACAACUUUAUUAUUGUAACAUUUGAGACUUUUUUUUGUAAAAAUACAAUUUCUUAUUACGAUUUUUUUUUGUUGCAUUAUUACAACUAUUACUGUGACACUUUCACUUUUAUUUUCUAACUUCCGACUUGACAUUGGCAACUUUUAUGUUCUUGUUCUCUCGUAAUAUUACGACACUUUUUUUUUUUUAAAUACGACUUUUUUUCUUAGUAAAGUAAUGAAAGGAAUCAGACUGUAGAAUUACGACUAUAUUACUUUUUUUUUCCGUAAAACAUUACGACCUAAUUCUCACGAUUUUGCGACUUCAGUCACUUGAUUCUUGCAAUAACAGGGCUUUCUUGGUGUCUUUACGACUUUUUUUUUCUCGUAAUAUUACGACUGUUACUCAGACAUCUUGACUUAUUUCACAACUUUUAUUCUAGGUAAAUAAGUAGUAAUGUUAACGUGUAUACUUUUGUCGUAAAACAACCAUUUUUAUUACUUUUUCUCCUGAAAAAAGUGUCUUUUGGUAACAUUACGACUUUUACAUUAAAUAAAUAAUUCUUACAUAAGCUUUAUAAUUCUUAAUAAUAAUACAACUUAAAUUGUCGGGAUUUGGUGGCUUUAUUCUCGUAAUAUUACGCCACUUUUGUAAAAACAAAUUACAAAAAUUAUUGCAAUUAAUAUUUUUUAAAUUUUUUGUCUGUUUUUGUUCCAACUAUUCCUGUGACAUUUUUUUAACUUAUUUUCCGACUUCCGAACGGUUACACCUUUUAUUCAAGUAAAUAAGUAGUAAUGUUAACGUUAAUCGCAUUGUAUUAUGACACUUUUGUCAUAAAACUGAAAAUUACUUUUUCCUGGGGGGAAAAAGCAUCUUUUAACGUUAUGACUUUACUCUUGUAAUAUCACAACUUUAUGUAAUUUUAAGACUACCUAAAUUCUUGCAAUUAUGCGACGUUAUUCUUGUAUUACUACACUUUUUUGCAAAACUAAAAAUGUAUUGCAAUAAUCUGGUAAUAAUUUUUUGUCCCCUUUGUUGCGACUCUUCCUGUGACAUUUGCGAACGCUUGCGACCGUUAAAGUAACAAAAAAAGUGUUAAUGUUGAACUUGAAUAUUAUUACUUUUUUGUAAACAUACUUUUUUCUUGUAACUGAACAACUUUGAAAUUACAAUUCUUCCUGUGACAUUUUGACUUAAAUUUUGCGACCUCAGAACACUUUUAGAUAUACUAGUAAAAAGUGUUAAUGUUGAUCUUGAAUAUUAUCAGACAUUUUUUUUUGGUAAAAAUACUUUUUCUUGUAGCUUAACAACUGUGACAUUACAACUCUUCCUGGGACAUUUCCGAAGGGUUUACGACUUUUAUAUAAGUAAAAAAGUGGUAAUGUUAAUCUUGAAUGUUAUGAAUUUAUUUGUAGUAAAACUUUUUUCUUGUAACUUGACUGUAAAAUUACAACUCUUCCUGUGACAUUUUGGUAUUUUCCGACUUCCGAACAUAUGCGACUCUUACACUAGUAAAAAAAAAAAAGUGGUAUUAACGUUGAUCUUGAAUAUUAUGACUUAUUUUUGUAAAAAAAAAAAAAAAAAAAAUUCUCGUAACUUGACUGUAAAAUUCUGAUGCAUCCUCUGAUAUAUUGACUUACAUUUUCCGACUUCUGAACAUUUACUACUCUUAUACUAGUAAUAAAGAAGUGGAAAUGUUAACGUGGAUCUUGAAUAUUAUGAGACUUGUAUUUCUACAAAAUUUUUUCUUCUAACUUGACAGUAAAAUCACGACACUUCUGUGACAUUUUGACCUACAUUUUCCGACUUCCUAACAUUUACGACUCUUAUACUUGUAAAAAUAAAGUGGAAAUGUUAACGUUGAUCUUGAAUAUUAUGAGACUUGUUUUUGUAAAAGUACUUUCUUUUAAUUUGACUGUAAAAUUACGACUCUUCCUGUAACAUUUGGACCGACAUUUUCCCACUUCUGAACAUUUACGACUAUUAUACUAAUAAAAAAAGUGGUAAUGUCAACGUUGAUUUUUUUGUAGUAAUACUUUUUUCAUGUAACUUAACGACUGUAAUAUUGUGACUCUUGCUGCAACAUAUUGACCUACAUUUUCCGACUUCCGAACAUUUACGACUCUUAUACUAGUAACAAAAAGCGGUAUUGUUAACGUUGAUCUUGAAUAUUAUGAGACUUAUUUUUGUAAAAUUACUUUCUCUUGUAACUUAACUGUAAAAUUACGACUCUUCCUGUGACAUUUUGACGUAUAUUUUCCGACUUCCGAACAUUUACGACUCUUAUACUAGUAAAAAUAAAGUGGAAAUGUUAAUGUUAAUCUUGAAUAUUAUGACUUGUUUUUGUAAAAAAUACUUUUUUCUUUAAAUUUGACUGUAAAAUUACGACUUUUCCUGUAACAUUUGGACCGACAUUUUCCCACUUCUGAACAUUUACGACUAUUAAACUAAUAAAAAAAAAAAAUCGAAAUGUUAACGUUGAUCUUUUUGUAGUAAUAAUUUUUUCAUGCAACCAAACGACAGUAAAAUCACGACUCUUCUGUGACAUUUUGACCUACAUUUUCCGACUUCCGAACAUUUAUGACUCUUAUACUAGUAAAAAUAAAGUGGAAAUGUUAACGUUGAUCUUGAAUAUUAUGAGACUUGUUUUUGUAAAAAUACUUUUUUCUUUUAAUUUGACUGUAAAAUUACGACAUUUUGACCGACAUUUUCCAACUUCUGAACAUUUACGACUAUCAUACUAAUAAAAAAAAGUGGUAAUGUUAACAUUGAUCUUUUUGUAGUAAUACUUUUUUCAUGUAACCAAACUACUGUAUUACGACUCUUCCUGUAACAUAUUGACCUACAUUUUCCGACUUCCGAACACUUAAAGUUGAUCUUGAUUAUUAUUAGACUUGUUUUUGUAAAAUUACCUUCUCUUGUAACUUAACUGUAAAAUUACGACUCUUCUUGUGACAUUUUGACGCGUGUUCUCCGACUUCGGAAAGUUUCCGACUUUCAUACUCCGUGUUAAUGUUGAUCUUGAAUAUUGCCUUUUUUUUUGUGGUUUAACAACUAAAAAUCGGACCUUGUCGACACACACGUUACAAAUGACUACGUGUUGAAAAUAGUCCCGACACUGUUUGCAAAAUUCCGACAAAACUUUGAAAAAAAUGUUUUCACAAACAUUACGAUAUUUUUUUCAGUGUGGCCCUCCUACUACUCCCUACAUCGUAAAGUGACCCACGUCCCCCCACCUCCCCAGAAAAUGUACUACUAUCAUUACGAAUACGAUUAAAACAUGCGGCGGCCAUAGUGUUGGUUUCUCUGUCAGAGGCGGGUAGUGGCGCCCCCUUCUGGCAAGAGCUGGAGACCGCUUGAAAGACGAGAGAAAAAACGGACCCAAACUGUGUCUAAAGGAGCUGUAACUGCCAAACGUACAGCUGGCAUGUUGACAUGUUGGAUUGAGGAGUUUUUACCAAGAGGCUUUGAGCAGGCUCAGCACACGUUAACAUACACUACUACUACUACUACUACUACUACACGUGCCAUGUUGGUAUUGCUAGCACUUGUCCACGGGCGUUCUUUGCAACCAAAGCAGGAGAUGAAUGGUGCUGAGGAGGAGGAGGAGGAGGAGGUUUUUAUUACACCACCAAAUUAGCGCAUAUUUCUUCUUCUUCUUCACGAGUGACGUUGUUUUUCUGGUCCAAGUGUUGACAGUAUUAAUCUUAUUUUUCUAGUUACCAUGACUGUAUGUUAGGAAAAUUAAAAAAAAGGCUAUUUUCCCGCUGAUGUGAAAAAAGAAGCACAUUUUGUCCUCCAUCUUUACCAAAAAAAGAAAAGAAAACCGUAACAAGGAGGGCGUGGCCUCCUCCCUCUACACCUUUCUUUCUUUGCUUUCUGUGGGCGCCAUUUAACGCCCGGAAUGUUCUUUUUUUUUUUUUUGGUUUGUUUUGUGGAUGUUUGCAGAUGCCAAUGUUGCCUGUAUUUAUGAUAAUGACACCAUGUUUUCAGAAAAACUAACAUACUUAAAAAUGUUUACAGUUUGCUGUAUAUAUACAUAUAAAUAUAUAUCUUUUUAUAGUGAAUGUGCUUUGCACAAUCAUACAUAUAUAUAUAUAUAUAUAUAUAUAAAUAUUUAGUGUUGCUUUUUCUUUUCUCAAUAUUUUGGGGUUAUGUGUUCUCUCCCUUAGCUUUUUUUUUCUUUUUCUAUGAAGACAUCCAAUGACAGACUGUAACCGUUAGCUUUUUCUCAGCCGUGUCAAAUGGUUUACUUACUAGAGGCUUCUACACAAAGGAUUGAAUCCAGUCCGGAAAUAACCCAGAAGACGUGAAGGGGGGCUGCUUGGCUUAUGUUGCUUAUUGUUCUUUGGAGCUGGCAACUCAUAAAAUCUCCCAAGUGUACCAGCAAUGCAAAAAAAGAAUAAAAAAUACUAGCAAUUUGAAAAUGUCUUCUCAUUUUUUUUAAUGUGAACUUGUUUGUGGUGCUGGGCUUUCAUUUGUG